CCUUGUUCGCUCGUUGCCUCUCUACUCCCCCAGUCCCCUGUCUUCUUCCCCACUUAACACUAGUCCUCCCAUUCCCAGUCCUACACCAUGUUAGUGUCACUAGCUCCUCUGCCUUGAAGUUGCCAACCUUUGACGCUUGUGUACUGCCCGGAGUGACCACUGUCUUAUUAUUAAUUAGGAGACAUCACCCAGAAAUGGCUCCAAAAAGGAUUGGUAUCGUCGGAUAUGGACAUUUGGGAAAGUAUCUUGCUGAAAAGGUAAAGGAGAGCCCUGAUCUUGAAUUGGCCUUUGUUUGGAAUCGUACCACAUCCUUAGUAGAAAAUGACUUGGAAGACAAGUACAUCUGUCGUGAUUUAGAAAACUGCAGUAUGUUCUCCCCUGAUCUGAUUGUUGAAGUAGCUCACCCUGCUAUCUCCAAAAAGUUUGGACCAAUGUUCUUAGAGGUGGCAGAUUAUUUGAUUGGAUCGCCUACAGCACUUGCUUCCCAAGAAGUUGAAACCUCUUUGCGGGAUGCUGCUGCAAUGCAAGGCCUCUACAUACCAGCAGGAGCUUUUUGGGGGACUGAAGAUAUAAUGAAGAUGGCUGAUGAAGGAACAUUAAAGGACCUCAAAGUCACAAUGAUAAAACAUCCAAGUUGUUUCAAGCUUCAAGGAGAACUAUACAGUAAAAAUGAACAAAUAUGUGAGGAAACAGCAGUCACUCUGUAUGAGGGAUCAGUACGAACUUUAUGUCCUUUAGCCCCCAACAACGUCAACACUAUGGCAGCUGCAGCAAUGGCAGCUCACAACCUUGGCUUUGAUGGAGUACAAGGCUGUCUUAUUGCUGACCCACAGUUAAGAGAGUGGCACAUUGUGGAAAUUGAAGUGACUGGUCCAGAGAUUGCAGGGAGAAAAUUCUCUGUGAAAACUACUCGUCAAAAUCCUGCUAACUUGCGAGCAGUUACUGGCACAGCUACCUACGCAUCUUUUCUGUCCUCUGUGAAACGGGCUGGUGGUAAAGGGCCAGGUGUACAUUUCUGUUAAUUUCUCUCUCUCUCUCUCUCUCUCUCUCUCUCUCUCUCUCUCUCUCUCUCUCUCAUGGUAUCAAGCAUCAAGUAAGCAUUACAUUAUAUUCAGAAUGUAUGAUAAUUUUUUUUUCUUUUUAAUACUAAAAAAUUAUGAUGACAAGUUAUAAGGAAAACAACUUACGAGCAACCUUCUGGAACGUAUCUCACUCAUAACUCGAACACCCUCUGUAUUAGUUAUAAUAGUUCCUUAUUGUCUUGUCCUUAAUUCAGCCUAAGAUUAAGAUAGUGUUCCUUAACUGUAUGUAUAAUAAUCAAAAACUAUAUUUACUAUUGUCUCUAAAUCACUCACAUUAGGCUCUACAAUAUUGCCAAGAUUGAUUAUGAAAUUAUUAUAUGGAAAAACUACUCUGGGUAACGUUGGCAGCAUGUGCAAGAAGUUGCUAAAGAUGAAAACAAUGAUAUUACUUUCGUUGCACUUCAAUGUGUCGUAGUGACAGGAUAGUUGAGAUUAACCAAUAUCCAUUCUUAUCUCAGUUAUCAUCGUGGCCAGAUCACAGUAAGGUGGCAGACUCACUGAGUGUCCUGACAGAGGUACAAUCACUGUCAAAAGCCCCCAAUUAAUCUUUAGAUCAAUUUGUUUGUUGCCAUGUUGUCCUGUGGGUAUCACAUUGGGUGGAGCACUGAAUAUCUCAAAAAGGAACUGCCCUAUGAUUUUCAAAGUAUAUUCACAUGCUACCAAAAAGAACAUAAGAACAUAAGAACAUAAUAAGGGAAGCUGCAAGAAGCGACCAGGCUUACACAUGGCAGUCCCUGUAUGAAACACACCUACCUAUUUCCAUCUGUUAUCCCCAUCCAUAAACUUGUCUAAUCUUCUCUUAAAGCUCUCUAGUGUCCUAGCACUAACUACAUGAUUACUGAGUCCAUUCCACUCAUCUACCACUCUGAGAACCAAUUUUUUCCUAUCUCCUUCCUAAACCUAAAUUUUUUAAGCUUGAACCCGUUAUUUCUUGUUCUACCCUGGUUGCUGAUCCUAAGAAUUUUGCUUACAUCUCCCUUGUUAUAACCCUUAUACCACUUAAAGACUUCUAUCAGGUCCCCUCUUAACCUACGUCUCUCUAGAGGAUGUAAAUUUAACAGCUUCAACCUCGCCUCGUAAGGAAUACUCCUCAUCCCCUGUAUCCUUUUAGUCAUUCUCCUCUAUACUGAUUCUAAUAGACCUAUAUCUUUCCUGUAAUGUGGGGACCAGAACUGCACAGCAUAGUCUAGAUGAGGUCUGACCAGCGCCAAGUAUAACUUUAAUAUUACCUCCGGCCUUCUACUUUUAACACUCCUAAAAAUGAAUCCUAGUACCCUAUUUGCCUUGUUUCUGGCUUUUAUGCAUUGUUUCCCUAGACGGAGUUCAGAGCUAACUAUAACUCCUAAAUCUUUCUCGUACCCUGUACCUACCAGAGUUUGGUUGUUUAAUGUGUUUCCUCUACCUACGCUAAGCACUUUGCAUUUAUUGAUAUUAAAUUGCAUUUGCCAUCUAUCCGUCCAUUCAUUCAAUCUAAGUCUGCCUGCAAGGCGAUAGCAUCCGAUUCUGACCUAAUUAAUCUACCUAUCUUUGUGUCAUCCGCAAAUUUACUAACAUCACUACUAAUUCCACUAUCCAAGUCAUUGAUAUAUAUUAGAAAUAACAAUGGCCCUAAUACUGAUCCCUGUGGCACCCCACUAAUUACAUGAUCCCACUCAGAUUUCGAGCCGUUUAUUACCACUCUCUGUCACCUGUUACCAAGCCAUGACCCUAUCCAGCCUAACACCUUCCCAUCUAUCCCAUGUGCCCUAACCUUUCUCAGCAGCCUUUGAUGGGGUACCUUGUCAAAUGCUUUACUAAAGUCCAGAUAUAAGAUAUCAUAACUAUCACCAUUAUCUACUGCCUCAUACACCUUACUGUAAAAACUUAACAAGUUUGUCAGGCAAGACUUCCCCUUCAUGAAGCCAUGCUGUGACUGAUUUAUCAAGUUAUGUUUGUCUAAAUGUUCCCUAAUGUUCCUCGCUAUUAUUGACUAACAUUUUAUCUACAACUGAAGUUAAGCUGACAGGUCUUUAAUUAGACGCUAAAGUUUUAUCUCCUUUCUUAAAGAUGGGUACUACAUUAGCCUGCCUCCACAUUACUGGUACCUCACCCGACUCCAGUGCUUUCCUAAAGACAGAAACUAACGGCUCACUAAUAAUCUCCUUACAUUCCUUAAGUACUCUGGGAUAUAUUUCAUCAGGUCCUGGUGACUUGAACUUUUUUAGCCUAUCUAUCUCCUGUUCCACUAUCUCCCUAGUUAUGGAAAUAUCUGUCAGCUUCUCAUUCUCAUCUGCUCUAAACACCUGUUCACUAUCUGGCAUAUCCUGCAUGUUUUCCUGGGUGAAUAUCUCAGACAGAAGAUAAAGAGGAAAAAUAGGGUCAGAAGACAAAGAAAGAAAUUGGACUCAGAGAGGAGACAAGAGGAAUGGUUUCAGUAAGAGCAAACUAAAACACAAGAAAUUUAUCAAGACUGUUCACUGACAGUAUCACAGGGGUAGGGGGGGGUGUUCUUUGAUUUGAUGUUAUUAAAGUUCAGUUACUAUCAGGUUGGAUAGCAAUUUUGUGAAGUUUAAGUUUAUUCUAUUUGUUUGGUCAUUAAAGUUAGGUAGCUGCCACCAGUCAUGGUGUUAUAUCUAACAUAUUUAUCUUUGUGUGGUAUGGUAGCAUUGUUCUUAUUAAUUAGCCAGGGUUCCAUAAGGCACUGGUAAAUGCCAUGACAAAAAGAUUAAUUUUAUUUGAUGUAAGUAUCUAUAAAAAAAAAAAGGGGGGGGCUUCAUAUUCUUCUCUGAAUACAAAAUAUUUUACUUUAUAGAUCUUUCUGUUACCUUGGAGUUGUUGUACCCCUAUACAAUGAUUUUUAAUAUUGAGGAUCCUAUUGCUGUUACAUCAAAAUGUUUUGUGUAUCACUGGCUUAAUGAGUAAUACAUUAUCAAAAGAGAA